CUAAACUGACUUCUUCACUUUUCUUCUUCCUUCCACCACUUGACUCUCUCUCUCUCUCUCUCUCUCUCUCAUUAGCCACCAUGAACUCCAACGACCAAUAUCCAAUGGGCAGACCCGACGAGACCACCUCCGGCUCUUCUCGAACCUACGCCAUGAGCGGGAAGAUCAUGCUGAGCGCCAUCGUCAUCCUCUUCUUCGUCGUCAUCCUAAUGGUCUUCCUCCACCUCUACGCCCGCUGGUACCUCCUCCGCGCUCGCCGCCGCCAUUUCCGCCGCCGCAGCCGUAACCGUCGCUCCACGAUGGUUUUCUUCGCCGCCGAUCCUUCCGCCGCCGCCGUCGCCUCGCGCGGCCUCGAUCCCGCGGUGAUCAAGUCUCUCCCCGUCUUCGCUUUCUCCGAGUCGACUCACAAAGAUCUGACCGAGUGCGCCGUUUGCCUCUCCGAGUUCGAGGAAGGCGAGUCGGGUCGGGUUUUGCCCGGUUGCAAGCAUACGUUUCAUGUUGACUGUAUAGAUAUGUGGUUUCAUUCUCAUUCCACGUGUCCUCUCUGCCGCUCUCUCGUCGAGCCUCUCGCCGGAAGUGAGGUAACGAUGGAGGAGCAAGUCGUAAUUACGAUUUCUCCUGAACCGGUUUCUGCAACUGAACCGGGUUCGAGCUCUGGAUCUGGAUCAUCUGUGAUGCCGACGGAAGAUUCAAUGAGAAAACCGGCGGCGAUUGAGGUGCCGAGGAGGAACUUCAGUGAAUUUGAGGACGAUUUGAAUCGGAACUCGCCGGCGAAUCACUCGUUUAGGUCGCCGAUGAGUCGGAUGUUAUCUUUCACUCGGAUGUUGAGCAGAGGAAACGCUUCGUCCCCCAUAGCCGGAGAUCCGCCUCAAUCUCCGUCGUCUAACUGCCGGAUAGCGAUGACUGAGUCAGAUAUAGAGCGUGGAGGAGAAGAAGACACUAGAUGAGCAAUUGGUCGGAAAGUAAAACUAAAUUUUAUUACAGGAUUGAUAAAGUCAACUUUUUUUUGCCGACGGUUGAUUUAAGCUCCAGUAACACGUGGCGUAAUCUGAACUAGUCUUAUUCACCGAGUGUUUUACUUGUGUUAGUUUAGAUAGAAUUGUCUGAAGAUGUACAUAAAAUUGUCAGUUGUCGAUGAUGUUAUAUUGAAUCUUUUUUUUCUCCAUUUGUUUUUAUUCCCAGUCUCUAUAGACUCUUUAUGUAAUACCACCAAUUCGAUGGUCAUGAAAUCAUGAUAGAGACUUAACAUAAUUUUAUUUUA